AUGGGUCCGACGAAAGGUCCAGUACAAAAUUGCGCUGUUACCGAUAAGGAAACAAGGAUAACCGUGCAUGCGACCAACGGGCCCGAUUCAAUAGUUUUUAUAGCAACGGCUAAGGUGAAUAUCUGCGAUGAGAAGGGCAGGUCGAAUGUUUGCAGAGCUAUGUUAGAUCCUGGAUCCCAAAGCAAUAUUAUAACUAGGAAUAUUGUACAAAAACUAGGUUUAAGAACUACAGAGAAUAUUGUUCCGAUUAGUGGCAUUAGCCAUACGCGCGUCACAGCAAGGGAGUCAGUAAAAUUAAAAAUUAAAUCAAUGCACAACGAAUUUACGGCUGUAGAAAAUUGUUUAGUUAUGCCUACUAUAACAGUUAAGCUUCCACAGGUAAAAGUUGAUACGCAAUCUUGGAAUAUUCCUUCAGAAUUAAGUUUGGCAGAUCCCAGUUUUCAGAUUCCAGGAGAGAUAGAUAUUCUAUUGGGAAGCAGUAUUUUUUGGAAAAUAUUAGGCACUAGGCAGUGGGAGUUAAGUAACACAUUACCUAGGCUGCAAGAGACACAACUAGGAUGGAUAGUAGGAAGAGAGUUAGUAGAUACACGAGCACACAGUACUGCGCGAGUCUGUAACCUCGUUAGUAAUGAUCUUAAUCAUCAGCUAGAAAAGUUCUGGCAACUAGAGGAAAUACAACCAAGAAAGGCGGAGCAUAGAUACUCAGCGCAAGAUCAAGCGACAGAAGAAUUCUUCUUACAGACGGUAAGGAGAGAUACAGACGGUAAAUAUAUCGUACAAUUACCUAAGGAUGACACUAUCAUACUAGGAGAUUCAGAAGUUACAGCGAUCAAAAGAUUUUUAGCAAUAGAACAAAGACUCAAUCAGCAGACACAAUUAAGAGAAGAAUACCACCAGUUUUUAGAAAAUUACGAGAAACUAGGACACAUGUCAUUAGUUGCAGCAUCAGAUUCUAAAGCAGUAAAGGAGAUAUUCUACCUACCUCAUCAUCCAGUGAUAAAGAACGAUAGCAUAACAACAAGGUUAAGGGUCGUUUUUGAUGAUUCGUCGAAGUCAUCAACAGGAACAUCGCUGAAUCAAAAAUUAUUAAGUGGACCUAAUUUGCAACAAAAUCUGUGGAGUAUAAUGAUAAGAUUCCGAUCACACCAGCAUGUGAUAACAGCGGACAUCAAAAUGAUGUUUAGGCAAAUAUGGGUGACAAUGGAAGAUCGAAAUUUGCAAAGGAUUGUUUGGAGGCAAGAUUCAGCAGAGGCUCUUCAAACUUACACCCUGAAUACAGUAACAUAUGGAACAACGUGUGCACCGUACUUGGUAAUGCGUUGUCUGCAACAUCUGGCGACUCAACCCGAAGCAAUCACGCUACCGGCAGCAGCGGAAGCCUUAGAACAAGAUUUCUAUAUGAAUGAUGUAAUAACAGGUAGCCCCACCAUAGAGCAGGCUAUCGAGUUAAGAAAAGAAUUGUCGGAGCUACUGGGAGCCGCAGGGUUUACACUCAGGAAGUGGAGAGCUAGUGAUUCGAGAGUAUUGCAAGAAAUGACACAAUGA